GCACUCGCUCUGCUAUGGUCGGGGCCUUUUCUUGGGCGACCCCACCGUGGGUGGAGAGAGGAGGCGGGCAGCCCCGGAACAGAGCGGGCGGUGGCCUCCCAGGAUGUAUCCGUCUCUACUUGCUCUCUGCUCCUCUCCUCUUACCUCCCCUUCCUUACCUCCGCGCCUAAAACGGGGCCGGCGCCUUUAAGAGGGAGCGUCGGUUCCCCGGGGGCGGGAACCCCUCGGCAGCUCGCGAGGCGGCGGCGCUCGGCCGCGAUGCUCCUCACUUUCUGCUCCAGCUCCUGCCCUCGCCGCCGCCGCCGCCGCCGCCGCCGCCUCCUCCUCCAGUUUCUCCUCCGCUGCCUGGAAGCCUCAUUCUGGGCCGUGGAGGAGAGAAGUGCAAUGUCAGGAAAGUUCCGGGAGGGACUGGAUGGGGCCAUGCUCCCUGCUCUCUUCCGUCGGCGCCCGCGCGCUGCGCUUUGUAUGAGAGUUACACAGAGAGAGGACUUGCAUCUGAUGGUUUGCUCCCCAAUUGACCGCAAUGGCUGGAGCUGCGCUGAUCCGAAGCCAGGAGCCAGGAGCUUCCUCUGGGUCUCUCACGCAAAAGGACUCCUGUGGAAGAUGGAACUCCUUGUCCAUUUUCCAGAAUGUGUUUCGAAGCCUGUCAAUGGAACCUGACACUGCCAUUCUGUUUUGAAAUGCUUGAAGAACCCCCACAUCUCUGCGUGUACCUUCCAUCCUGAAGCCAUGGUCUUCUCGGCAGUGUUGACCGCAUCCCACACUGGGACAUCGAACACGACGUUUGUAGUCUAUGAGAACACCUACAUGAAUAUCACAAUCCCUCCGCCGUUUCAGCACCCCAGCAUCAGUCCACUGUUUAGAUACAGUUUUGAAACCAUGGCUCCCACUGGUUUGAGCUCCUUGACAGUGAAUAGCACGGCUGUGCCCCCAACACCAGCAGCUUUUAAGAGCCUCAGCUUGCCUCUCCAGAUCAUCCUUUCUGCUAUAAUGAUAUUUAUUCUCUUUGUGUCUUUUCUUGGGAACUUGGUUGUUUGCCUUAUGGUUUACCAAAAAGCUGCUAUGCGAUCUGCAAUUAAUAUCCUCCUUGCCAGCCUGGCUUUUGCAGACAUGUUGCUUGCAGUGCUAAACAUGCCCUUUGCCCUGAUAACUAUUCUUACUACCAGAUGGAUUUUUGGGAAGUUCUUCUGUAGGGUGUCUGCUAUGUUUUUCUGGUUGUUUGUGAUAGAGGGAGUAGCCAUCCUGCUCAUCAUUAGCAUCGAUAGAUUUCUUAUUAUAGUCCAGAGGCAGGAUAAGCUAAAUCCGUAUAGGGCUAAGGUUCUGAUCGCAGUUUCUUGGGCAACUUCCUUUUGUGUAGCUUUUCCUUUGGCUGUAGGAAAUCCUGAUCUGCAGAUACCUUCCCGAGCCCCCCAGUGUGUGUUUGGGUACACAACCGAUGCAGGUUACCAGGCUUAUGUGAUUUUGAUUUCUCUCAUUUCUUUCUUUAUACCUUUCUUGGUUAUACUGUAUUCGUUUAUGGGCAUACUCAACACCCUUCGGCACAAUGCCUUGAGGAUCCACAGCUACCCUGAAGGGAUAUGCCUCAGCCAAGCCAGCAAACUGGGUCUCAUGAGUCUACAGAGACCCUUCCAGAUGAGCAUUGACAUGGGCUUUAAGACGCGUGCCUUCACCACCAUUUUAAUUCUCUUUGCUGUCUUCAUUGUCUGCUGGGCCCCGUUCACCACUUACAGCCUUGUGGCAACGUUCAGUGAGCACUUUUACCAUAAACACAACUUUUUUGAGAUUAGCACUUGGCUGCUUUGGCUCUGCUACCUCAAAUCGGCAUUGAACCCAUUGAUCUACUACUGGAGGAUAAAGAAAUUCCAUGACGCCUGCCUGGAUAUGAUGCCCAAGUCCUUCAAGUUUUUGCCGCGGCUCCCUGGUCACACAAAGAGAAGAAUACGCCCUAGUGCUGUCUACGUGUGUGGGGAACAUCGGACGGUGGUGUGAAUAUUGGAACUAAUUGACAUUUGGGGUGAUGGUUGUUUUUAAUUGACUUAGUUUUGUUCCACAUGGCUCUCCACUUAUAUUGUUUCUAAUAGAGUUGGUGUGUGUAUGUGUGUGUGUGUGCAUGGGCAGUGUAAAAAAUGGUGAUUAGUUACAAUUCUGUUAACAAUACACAAUAAGAAAGUGAUCACAAAUGAUACCUCCAAGAUUCAAGAGAAAUCCUUGCUUUAGAUUGGGGAGAUGGGUUUUUGUUAUUUGAUUGAUUUUGGUUUUGUAGUAAGAAUCAGGAUUGUGCUUUAUUGAGCCUGCAGUUACAUUGACUUGUAGGUGUUUUGUAUGCUGCUAAAAUUAUGCUUAGUUGAAUUAUCAAUUCUUUUCUGGAAGACAUUGCUGCUUUUUGCCAUCACAUUGGAGCCAAACCCUUCAUCUGUCUCAGUUGAUAAAUAGUUUCAUUUUACAAGGUAACCCAAGGAGGUUAGUGACAUUUUAAAGGUCAUUACUAUUUACUUUGGUGCACUUUAAGAAAUGAUGUAUAAAUUCAGUCAUUUUUCAGAAUUGUUUUUAUACAUGACAUACUGUGCUUCAGGAAACAUGUGAAUUAGCAUUUCUAGGAAGAUAGUUUUUAAAAACAUUUCAUCUAUGUGUAUAGUUUUAAAGGCGAGAACAUAAACAUAUAGAAAAUUUUCUGAGCACAAUAGUGACUUUUCAGAGCAACAAGUCAAAACUGAGGAGACAGGGAAGCCUUGAAAAUUUAAAAGGCGAACGCAGCCACAGGGUGAUCAGGCCACGGUGAUUCCUCUUUCUUAAGGAUUUUUUUUGCCAAGAGUAGUAGAGAGAAGGAGACACUGCUACCACUGGUGGACACCUACCAUGUGCCAGGCACUGUAUGUUAUAUUGUCCUCAUGGCAUCCUGUGAGGUAGGAAUUAUUUUUUCUUUUUACAGAUGAAGAAAGUAAAUCUCAGAGGGACUAAAAUCUUGCCCAAGAUUAACAGUGGAGCUGAAACUCUCUUGUAAUUCUGAGACUGUACUGUUGCACUGUGUCACUAGACACUCAUUCAGUUUAGCUGUGUAUCCUUUAAUUUCUUUAGACUAAAAUCAUAUUUUUACCAUCUCAAAGUCUGGAAAAUAGAAAAGAAAAAUCACUAAUAAAUAUCAUGUAAAGUGGAACUUUAAAAUCUUAGAUAAAUAAGACUAUAAAGGUAAUCAGGUUUAUUAUUUUUUUUUAAUUUGCAAAACAAGUGUCUGACAGUUACCGAGAACUUAACUAUAAUUGUCCGCAGAUCUUGCCCUCAUGGAUUUGGAGGUCUCCAGCUGUCCAGCUGUGUAGGUUCUAAAUGUUCUGGGCAGAACAGCAUUGCUGCCCUCAGUGCCUGCUCUAACAGAGCUGGAGUUUGUGAAUGUGCUCAAGAAGUGUCUCUUACAGGAAGGGAAGAUAAACCCUGGUUUCAGCCCACAGCAGGUUUUAAUAUAGGGCAGGUCUAGGACUUCAAACUACUUUUCUCUGCUGACUAUCUGCACCUCAGGUAUAUCCAUGGUGUUUAGUCAGCUUUUCUCUGUCACUACUGGCAUAGGGAUGGGACUGCAGACGUAGGCCAGAUGGCCAGAGAGUAUUAUCUCUUGGCUACAGCAUGGGCCAAAUAGGCAAGUGAAAUCAUGGAUUAAUAACAUCUAUUGAUGAUUUUAAUGCUUUGUAGCCAAUGGAAGAAAAAAAUAACAAGCAUUUGCUUCUUCUGUUGUAAAACCAGAGAGUUGGAUUAGACGGAUCUCCAAGGUCCUGGCCAACUCUAAUGUGCUUUCCUCCAUAUGAGAGUUCAGAUUUUUAAAGCGCUCAGCUGUCAGCAUCACUCUUUGGUCUCCAGUAUUACUUCUUUACAUUUUAGUUCAUUAGGUUUUUUUUUUUUAAUGAAUAUCUGAAGAGUGGAAAGUUCAUGGCAAGUAUCAAGAAAGUUUGGUGAUACGUGAAAGGCCUAGGAAACUGCUCUCAAGGCAAUUGCAAUUAUGUUGGAACUCCAGCAUACUGCUCAACUUGCUGUUGAUUGUCACCUACCUCUUUAAUUUCCAAUUUAUAUUAUUCACAGGUAAAAUUGCUUUUGUACAUAGGGAUCUUAUAGGAAUAAACACUAUCGUAGAUACUAGUGGCAUGUUAUGGUGUGUUUUGCUUUCCAUUGUCAAUAUAAACUGGAUUUCAAGCAGAUAGUAAUAAGGAUAUUUGAGAUUAGACUUUCUCUGAAGAGAGUCAGCAUGAUCUGUAAUUCAUCUUACCCUUUGGUAGGUCUUGACUUCUUUUGUGCUUGGAUUUGAAACUGAGUUUUGAUUCCUCUUGUUUGCUGGAUGCUACUACUUUGCUGCUGCUGAGUAGGCAGUGCCUCACUUGGUGAGAACUCCCAAGUGCUUGCUGAAUUCUCAGUGCUUGUGAAAGAAGACUAGCAAGGGCUUUUGUGAGGAUUCAGCAACAACACUAUACACUGGAUGAUCUUGGUGACAGUUUACAAAUCAUUUUGGACGUUUUUAUUAUGUAUACACUUUGAAAACUUUUAAAACAAAGCACUACAGUGCACCUUCAAGAAAUUUAGGUGCAAAAUUGCUUGUUGCCUAUUUCUCCAUAUUUUCUUGAUGGAAAAUAAAUACCACUAAUUAUCACUGCUGAGUGAUAAUCAGGAAUUUGCUGUUGUUUUUUGCUUUUCCUUCUGGAUAAUAAGUAAGAAGCAUGAUAGAGACAUAUAUUUGUGGUUUAAAAAAAAGGCUAGAGAAGUUCCAAACAGUCUGGAAUAGAGGUACUUAAACUUUAAUGUAUUUAAGUGUCUCCAGGGGAGUUUGUUAACAGUACACAUCCCUGGUCCCUCAGAUGGUCAGCAUUUGGGGCGCUCCACCUGAUUCUGAUUCAGGUAUUCCCUUGAGCACACUUCAAGAAACAUGCUUGUAGAAAAUAUAUACAUUUAAAUAUUGUCUGUUUUAUCCCACAACAUUUGUUUUGUGUCAGAAAGCCAUUAUCUCGUAGUGCAUGAGUAAUCCAUGUUGAAAGGAACAUCCACAUAUAUUUGUGCCUUUUGGCUGCCACAUAUGAGUGCUGGGUCUUGCCAGUGUUAGCUUUACUUUCUUUCAGCUGGCAAAAUUCUGAUGAACUAUACAGUUUCACAGUGGAGCAAAAAAGGUGUCUUCAUAAUUGAAAGUCAUGACUUCUGAGAGUCUAAUCACUCUACGAUUUUUUUUUUCUCUUAGAGACCUCUUUCUAGGAACCUUCUUUAUUGUUUGUAAUUUUUCUGAAGAGUCUGAGGGAAAUGUAAAGAUGCAUUUAACUCCUAUUGCUCUGUUUAUGCCAGUUGUGUUCAAUGGAAGCAUGAAGUAAAAUAAAAUAACCUUUUUGCUCUAUGUAUUUCUGUUGCUGAUAAAUAUAUUUAAUUUUUUCUUGUUUACAUUAAAUUAUUUGUAUCACAGAAGAAUUUUCACUUGCUUGAUAUUUUAUUCUUCCAUGAUUUUAGUUUAAAAAUUGCUAAGUUCAAGUUCAUUUUCACAACCAUAGUCCUGCUAAACUGCCUUCAUUGAAAACUCAGUUUUUAUAAUAAAUAAAAAUAUCAAAGCACAUGUUUGUUAUUGCAGGUGAAUGGUAAUAAAUUUCUUAAAGAUA